AGUGCGGAGCAAUUUCGACUAUGCAGUGAACUGAAAUGCAAGUCGCGAACGGCGCGUCUGUCACAAGGUGACAGACUGUGACACGAGUCAUUUUCCACACGCCAUGUCGCAACGCAUAGGCAAUACCACUCUUGCCUACGCCCGGGUCUGGCAUCAUGUCGACGCAAGUGACCGUGUGCUCGGAAAACUGGCUGAACGUAUUGCUCUGGUGUUGAUGGGCAAGCACAAGCCAAUCUACGAUCCUGGAGUUGACUGCGGCGACUAUGUGCUUGUGACCAAUUCGAGGAAAGUACUGGUUACUGGCCGGAAGAGUGAACAACUGUUGUAUCGCAAGCACUCAAUGUAUCCGGGCGCGCUGAAGGAGACUCCUUACAAGGACAUGAUGGAAAAGAAUCCUGACGAGAUCAUUCGGCAUGCCGUUUCCGGCAUGUUACCCAAAAACAAGCUUCGGGAACGGAGGUUGGAAAGAUUGCGUAUAUUUCCGUCGUACCAUAUGGGCAAAAUGGGCGCCAAUGUGCUGCGAAGCUGGGACGACGGGACGUUACCACCAGAUUGGGACCCCAGUGUGCCUACUACGACGAUGACAUUACAGCAGAGGUUCAGCCAAGGCUUUGAACAAAAGGCCUGAGUCCUCAUAGGUCGUAUCUGACACUUCCAAGUGGACUACUAAAUAAAACUUGGUACACGCUAUAAUUAGUCUGCUAACAAACCCAACACAACCAAAUAACGCGUACUUGACUUCGAUCCAAACCCCGCUUCCAUUCGCGUUCUUCAUUAUGCCUCCCAAAGCCUCUGGCUCUAAGCCAGUCAACGGCAAAUCUGCUGAAGGACCUAAGCAAAAGAGUCUCAUGACAUGGUUUGCAAAACCACAACCCAAGAAGGAAUCAAACGCAUCCACAAUGCCACUGCCUCCAAAGACGCCUCAGUCUAAAAGUCCCAGCCUUUCUAGGCUAAGCUCCUCUGUUCCCGUGUCAAACUCUUCCCCAGGACUCGACAGCGCAAAGGAAACGCCUCCAACCAGCGACAUCAUUGACAUAGACAUGCUAUCCUCAGAGGAGGAGCAACGCGUCCGAACGACGACCAGGAAGCGAAAGAUCGUCUACGAGGAAUCGGACGAUGAACGUUCGUUGACAGAGCGUUCAGCUCCCACAGGAUCUUCACCGACAAAUGCUAAGCAAUUGAACAAAAAACCUCGUCUUUCUGCCCUCUUGUCUGAUGACGAAGACGACGAGGUUGCGCAGAGCGCGUCGACCUCCUUCUCUAACCGCAUCAGUCGUUUCAAGAAAUCACCUGUCAAGAAGGGACGCAAAUCACGUUCCGCUGCGUCUGAAGACGACGACGAUUUCGUUGUGUCCGACUCUGAUAUGGACGCGAGGUCAAUCAAGUCUUCCAAAUCGACGUCGUCUCUUUCCCGUCGUUCUGCGACCUCAGACGAUGAAGAUGACGAUGCAUUCGACUCUGAGCCUGUGAAGAAGCCUGCAGCCAAGCCCAAAGGGCGUGCCAAAACAAUCACCAAAAACGUAACGACUGGCGGCGGUUCCUUCUUGACGGCUGCUGAACGCCAGGAGCUCGAGAGAAAGAAUGAGAAGAAGGAAGCGGAGAGCCCGUAUUCAUUUUUGCAAGAUGUCAAAGACAAAGACGGCAAUCGACCGGACAGUCCCAACUAUGACCCUAGAACAUUGUAUGUUCCGCGCAAGGCCUGGGACGACUUUUCUCCGUUCGAAAAACAGUUUUGGGAAAUCAAGCAGAACCAUUACGAUACUAUUCUGUUUUUCCAAAAAGGAAAAUUCCUCGAACUGUAUGAAGAUGACGCUCGGAUCGGGCAUCAGCAGUUUGAUCUCAAGCUGACUUCGCGCGUUAAGAUGUCCAUGGUCGGGGUUCCAGAGUCCUCCUUUGACUUCUGGGCUGCGAAAUUCCUUGCGAAAGGAUUCAAAGUUGGCAGGGUGGACCAGGCCGAAACAGCACUCGGUGCUGAAAUGAGGGUGAAGGCAAACAAAGCCAAGAACGGCAAAGCAAAGGACAAGAUCGUGCAACGCGAACUCAAACAAGUCUAUACUAACGGCACUCUCAUUGAUCCAAGCAUGCUUACUGACGACCAAGCUGGGCACUUGAUCUCGAUCCGCGAGGUCUUCGAGGAGGGUGUCGAAACAAGCAGCACAUUUGGCAUUUCGGUUCUUGACUGCUCUACUUCGCAGUUCAAUCUGAGCACGUUCGAAGACGACAUAUGCCGGACGAAGAUGGAGACACUGAUCAGGCAGCUGAAACCGAAGGAGCUGCUCUUUACCAAGGGCAAGUUAUCUGUGUCUACGACUCGACUGCUCAAAUCUAUCGUACCUUCGCUAUGCAUCUGGACUGGACUGCGAGAUGUCGAGGGCUUCGACUAUGAGCAGACCAAAGUAGAGCUUGUGAAGCUUUAUCCUCAGGAAGAGGAUGAUGAUGGCAGUUCUGACGGUGAUGAGCUGCCUGCGAGUGUGCCCGAGCCCAUCCGGGCCAUGUCCGGAUCGCGGACUGCGAUUGAAUCGCUUGGAAUGAUGAUUUGGUACCUGCGCCAGCUGAACAUCGACAAGGACAUUCUCAGCAUGAAGAACUUCAACGUGUAUGACCCUUUGAAACGAGGGCAAGGGCUUGUCCUCGACGGGCAGAGUCUCGCCCACAUCGAAGUUCUCCUGAACAACGAGGGCACUGAGGAAGGCACGCUGCUCAAGCUUUUGAACAGGGCAGUCACGCCCUUUGGGAAACGUCUGUUCCGGAUCUGGCUGUGUGUGCCGCUGAAAGAGAUUUCGGACAUCAACGCUCGACUGGAUGCCGUGCAAGAUAUCAUGGACAAUACAAUAGAUUUUGAAAAGGAUUUCAUGGAGAUCGCAAAGGGCCUUCCCGAUCUGGAGCGGAUUGUCUCGCGCAUCCACGCCAAAAACUGCACAAUUCGCGACUUUCUCAAAGCCUUCAAGAAACUGAGUUAUGGAAUGGCACAUCUGGGAGACAUUGCAGAGAGCUUCAAGUCUAAAACGAUCUUUGGGCUCGUACGCAGCGCACCCGAUUUGAUCCAGAACAUCAAGAAGGUACAAGCGAUGUACGAAAAGCCUGAAUCUGAAAAAGGCAAUGAACUGGUCCCUCAAGAUGGGCAAGACGAAGUUUACGACGGAGUGAUGGCCGAAAUCAGGGAACUGGAGAACGAACUCGACGAUGAACUGAAGAACAUGCAGAAGAAGAUGAAAGGGAAACUGAGCUGGCACCACAGCUCGAUUGGGACCAAGGACAUCUACCUGGUUGAAACGGACGCGAAGCAGACGGGUGUGCCGAAGGAAUGGACGAAGACGCAGUCCCUGAAGAACAAGACGCGGUGGGUCGUGCCCAGCAUCCAGCCGACCGUGCGCAAGCUCAAAGAGGCCCGGGAAAACCGAAACACGGCCAUCAAGGCGUUCCGGAUGCGGUUGUUCGCCGAGUUUGACUCUGACCGGUCGCUGUGGUUGCGUGCAGUGCGGAUCAUGGCCGAGCUCGACUGCCUGUUCUCGCUCGCCAAGGCGUCGAGUGCGAUCGGGGAGCCGCGGUGCCGCCCUGAAUUCGUCGAGGGCGAAUCUGCCUGGGUCGAUUUCCGGCAGCUGAGGCAUCCGACGCUGUGCAUGAAUGCCAAGGUGGAGUCCUUCAUCCCGAACGACGUCAGACUGGGUGGCGAGAUGGGGAAUAUCGCGCUUUUGACUGGACCCAACAUGGCCGGUAAAUCAACAGUCAUGAGGAUGACCGCCACCGGUGUCAUCAUGGCCCAACUGGGGAUGCUUGUGCCGGCGCAGAGUGCUCGACUGUCGCCUGUGGACGCGAUUCUGACUCGGAUGGGCGCGUAUGACAACAUGUUUUCCAACGCCAGCACGUUCAAAGUCGAGCUCGACGAAUGCUGCAAGAUCCUGCGGGACGCUACGCCCAAGUCGCUCGUCAUUCUGGACGAGCUCGGACGAGGGACAUCGACCUUUGACGGGAUGGCCAUCGCAGGUGCGGUGCUUCACCAGCUGGCCACCCACACACUGCCGCUGUCGAUCUUCGCGACGCACUACAGCUCGCUGACAGACGACUUUACGUACCACCCGAACAUCCGGCCGGUGUUCAUGGAAACCGUCGUGGACGACGAGGAGAAGAAGAUUCUGUUCCUGUACAAGCUGGUCGAAGGCGUGGCGGUGUCGUCCUUUGGCACGCACGUCGCGAAUCUCGCGGGCGUGCCGAUGAAUGUCGUGCAGAGAGCGGACGCGGUGUCGUCCAAGUUCGCGGAGCAGUUCAAGGAAAAGAUGCUUUCGCGGCGCCAGCGGACAGGGCGUAUUCCGAUCACGGCCCAGGCCGACUUUGCCUAUCUGUUCGGCAUCGCGACCGGCAAAGUUGCAAUGCCGACGAACGGCAAAAUGGUUUUGGCCGGGCUGAGGAAGACGAUUCGGAGACUACAACAGUAG